AUGGCUGCUGAUCUCGAACAUGCCACAUCCACCUCGUAUUCUCUUUUGCCGGAUUCCGACCACCACCACCACCCACCGUCGAUAUCUCAACGACGACGACCCUUCACCCUCUUGUCCUCGAUCUUUCUCUCCAUGUUAAUAUUUUCGUCUUUAAUAGCUCUCAUCCUCAACCGACAUAGUCAACCUCAUACCGUCGACGAUGAAACAGGCGACAGAGCUCCGGCGAAAGAGGCUUUUAAACCCAUUUCAAGAGGAGUGUCUCAAGGGGUGUCGGAGAAGAGUAAUUUCCAGCUGUCAUCUCCCGGCGCUGACGACAUAUACCCUUGGACCAAUGCCAUGUUGUCUUGGCAAAGAACAGGCUUCCAUUUUCAACCUCCGAAAAACUGGAUGAAUGAUCCCAACGGUCCAUUGUAUCACAUGGGAUGGUACCAUUUGUUCUAUCAAUACAACCCGGAUGCAGCAGUAUGGGGAAACAUCACAUGGGGACAUGCAAUAUCAAAGGAUCUGAUCAAUUGGCAACAUCUCCCGUUUGCUAUGGUUCCUGAUCACUGGUACGAUAUCAAUGGUGUCUGGACAGGAUCUGCUACACUCCUUAAUGAUGGUAAGAUCGUUAUGUUGUACACUGGGGACACCGAUCAGGAAGUGCAGGUGCAAAACUUAGCAUACCCCGCCAACCUAUCCGAUCCCCUCCUCCUAGAUUGGGUCAAGUACCCGGGUAAUCCAGUUUUGCUACCACCACCCGGCAUUGGCGCUAAGGAUUUUAGGGAUCCAACUACCGCUUGGUUCAACCCAAAUGGAAAAUGGCGGGUCGGGUUAGGAUCGAAGGUUAACAAGACGGGUAUUACACUUGUUUAUGAAACAACAGAUUUCACGAGCUUUGAGUUGUUGGAUGAUGUGAUGCAUGCAGUUCCGGGUACGGGUAUGUGGGAGUGUGUUGACUUUUAUCCGGUGUCAACAACAGAGUCAAACGGGUUGGAUACAUCGUUCAACGGAAAGGAUGUGGGUAUAGGGCUACGACUUGAUUAUGGAAAAUAUUAUGCAUCAAAGACUUUUUAUGACCAAAGUACUCAAAGAAGAAUUCUAUGGGGUUGGACUGGUGAAACCGAUAGUGAAGCUGCCGAUAUUUUGAAGGGAUGGGCCUCCGUUCAGACCAUUCCAAGAGAAGUGGUGUUUGACAAAAAGACCGGGACGAAUAUACUUCAAUGGCCAGUUAAAGAGGUUGAGAAGUUGAGAGCCAAAAAUACGAAAUUUCGAAAAGUUUUGCUUAAACCGGGAUCUCUUGUGCCACUUGAAGUAGGCUUAGCUACACAGUUAGACAUAUUAGCAACGUUUGAUAUCGAUAAGACAGCGGUAGAGGCGGCAAUGGAGGCGGAUGUGGGUUACAAUUGCACCACAAGUGGUGGUUCCGCCGCUAGAGGAGUUUUUGGACCUUUUGGAUUGAUAGUUGUUGCAGAUGAAUCACUCACUGAGCAAACUCCUGUCUAUUUUUAUAUUGCUAAAGGUGCUGAUGGGGUUGCUACUACUUAUUUUUGUGCCGAUGAGUCCAAAUCAUCAACGGCUGCGGAUGUCACAAAAAUAAUCUAUGGGAGCAGUGUUCCUGUUCUACAUGGUGAAAAUUUUAGCAUGAGAUUAUUGGUUGAUCAUUCCAUAGUGGAAAGUUUUGCUCAAGGUGGAAGGACGGUUAUAACCGCAAGGGUAUAUCCAACAAUGGCAAUUUACAGCGCAGCAAAGGUCUUCCUUUUCAAUAAUGCUACAGGAAUAAGUGUAACGGCAAACGUAAAUGUAUGGAAAAUGAACUCAGCCCAGAUCGAUUAUUUCCCCCUUGGGCGCCAACAUUAAAACGACGAUCGAGCAUACGACUAUAUAUAUAGUCAAUAUAUCUUAUUCCAUCAUUAUUAUUCUAAAUCUGGGGGUAUAUAUAUAUAUAUAUAUAUAUAUAUAUAUAUAUAUAUAUAUAUAUAUAUAUAUAUAUAUAUAUAUAUAUAUAUAUAUAUAUAUAUAUAUAUAUAUAUAUGAGAUGUAAUCCACAUUUAUCAAUAAAUUUUUGUAAAUUUCAUAAUAUCUUAAAUAUUACUAAAAGAAAAACUUUAUGAUAUCAUCUUAAAUAAUCUGGAUCAUUGAUUGUAUUU